AUGCACCUCACCACCACAACCACCACCCUCUUCCCCCUCCUCCUCCUCCUCUCCACCACCACAACCGCAACCCCCACCCCCUCCAACCCCACCCCCUCAACCUCCACCCCCUCAACCUCCACCUGCGGCACCUGCAACCCCCUCUCCGGCGAAAACCACUGCGACAUCACCACCUCCUGCAUCAACACCGGCACCCGCUUCCACUGCGCCUGUCGCGCCGGCUACAAAGCCUCCCCCAAUAACUGGGACAACACGAAACAGUUCCGCCUGAAUGUCCCCGGGUAUCAGUUUUUGGUCUUCACGCCCGAAUAUACCCAGUGCGAUACGCUUUGUGAUAAUCCGUAUGGGGCGAGCGCGCAGCUUUGUUCCGAGGUGAGGCUUUGGGAGGGGUGUGCUGUUUAG